UCGCUUCAUCCCUCCACAAGCUAAAGCGAGCGUAUCCGUUCUCGGUGUGGGUGGACUGUUACCAGGACUGUAUGGAUUUUGCAUUUUCUGAUGGUCUAAGCGUGAACGCCUCUUCUGCUCUUCUCCUGAGCGAUACGCGGUGAAAAGCAAUAAAGCGUCUGAUUAAGAAUUCUUUCAUGGUGGUUUACGCGAACACUCCGUUUGGAGUGCAAAGAAAGUCUAGAGCGACGUCCUUGUGUACUUUGUGCGUCUAAAUCCCGAUGGACUACGGCAAUACGAUGGCUCCUCCAGUACCGCCACACAAACCCAAGUCUUCCCGACCCGCCGAGCCGCAGGAGCGGGUACUGAAAUGUGUCCUCCUCGGGGAUGGGGCAGUGGGGAAAACAAGUAUGAUUGUGAGCUACACAACAAAUGGAUAUCCCACCAAAUAUGUCCCAACAGCCUUCGAUGACUUCUCCGCCAUUGUGCAGGUGGAUGGAACCCCAGUGCGCCUGCAGCUUUGUGACACAGCUGGUCAGGAGGAGUUUGACAAGCUGCGUCACUUCUGCUACGCUCGCACCGAUGUGUUGCUGCUGUGCUUCAGCGUGGUGAGCCCGGCGUCCUUCCAGAACGUGUGGGAGAAGUGGCUCCCCGAGAUCAGCCGCCGGUGCCCGCGCGUGCCCCUGCUGCUGGUGGGCACGCAGAGCGACCUGCGCCAGGACGUCAAGGUGCUGAUCGAGCUGGCGCGGCGCCGCGAGCGGCCCGUGGAGGAGCAUGAGGCCCGGGCGCUGGCGGCCAAGGCGGGCGCCGUGGCCUACGUGGAGUGUUCGGCGCUGACCCAGAAGAACCUGAAGGAGGUGUUCGACGGCGCCAUCGCAGCGGGGCUGCGGCACGCGGAGCGACGCGCCAGGAGGGAGAGGAAGGUGCGCAGCACGGCCGACAAGAUGAAGACGCUCUCCAAAGCCUGGUGGAAGAAGUAUGUCUGCAUACAGUAACAAAGAAAGAAAAGAGAGAGAGAGAGAGAGAGAGAGAGAGGGAUGGAAAAAAAAGAGAGGGAGGGAUGAAGGUGGUGUGAAAGACCUGAGCCUCCUCUCGGAAGAAAAUUUGCAAAGUUUUCAAGACUUUCUGAGUGUGUGUUAUCCGGAGAGAACUUUUCUAAGGGGAACUGUGAGGACUGACUGUCAAUGGUUCCUGAGGGUAAAUGGUUCCUGAGGGCCCAGUAUGGGGCGUUUGAGAGACAAAGCCAUGUGAUCUCCGACGGCCUUGGUCAGAAGGCUUGGUAAUAGGAACAUGGAAAAUGGACACAAUAAACUUACUGAUCCAGCUACAGCCUCUGUCCUCCUCCCAAACUCAUCACCUCCCCCCUUCUCUCUCAUGUGUGACCUCACCAGACUGACUCUGGAUCAGUGGAUCGUACACACUGAAUACGCAUAAUAUAAGACUUAAUACGAAAUCCGAAUCAGGCUCCCGUCAAUCAGUUUGCUGGGGAAAGGAUUGUGUUUUAAUGGACUUCUGAAUGAAACAACACCCACUUUUCUCUCUUAUUUUUGCCCUCCCAACAAAUUGUUAUGUUUUUUUUGUAUUUAUCUUUUCAUGUCCUGUAUGUCUGCCUAUGUGUGUGUGUGUGUGUGUCUGUCAAAGACAGCUGAUUCUCAUGAUCUAAGCAACUUAGCCCAGGCUCCUAGCAGUUCUGUCCAGAAGAGCUGUGUUUAUAACUUCCCUCCAGACAAGGCCCCUCACUGGCCAAAGCGUGUGUGUGUGUGUGUGUGUGUAAGAGAGCAGUAUUUCCAGACCUUUUGGCUUGCCAAGGCAGGGGGUGAUUUCAUCCUCUUGUCAAGUUUCCUUUUGAAACUUGAGGUCACAAAGCCGCAUCCUCCCCUCUCCCCUCUGUGUGUGUGUGUGUUGUGUGUGUUUGGAUUGCUGCAGCUGUUUCUGACGAUGACCCUAACCACCCUCCAGGCAACCUCCUGGGCUGCUUCCAAAACAACCCUUGCUUGACUCAUCGUUAUGACCCCUUACCCUCCGCACACACACACACACACACAUCCUUCUCACUCUGUUUGUCUUUAUCAGCUCCGAUCAGCCCAUUCAUUAGCACUCUACAAAAACACAGUCUAUCAUCCUUUUAUCUCCGAUCUACACUAGUGGUGAGAGAAAGUUCUUAGUGGCUGACAUCAUCUGGCUGUAGGAUAGAGUCUGCUUGUGGAACCACUUUGGUCUUCCUCUGGGGCUUAGAACUAGAGAGAGUUCUUUUGGAAGCUUUCAAGAUUCUGAAAUGGAACUCUAUAUAAUAAAAAGGGUUUUGGCCGGAAGACCUUCUAAAAGUUGCAGUGAAACACAGAAGGUUGCAGUGAAAGUCAAACACCUGUGUUAAAAACAUGAAUUUGUGCAGGGAAUAGCCUCUGGAACAGCUGAGUCAUAAUGGUCAAGGCGCUUAAGGCUGAAGUGUUUGACAAGGUCACCUUCACAGUGACAGUAUGACAAACACUCUGGUGUUCAGAGUUCAGUUCAGUUCAGAACUAUACAACAGCAAACAAGUCCUUCUCAACCCCUGAACACAACAUUAAAAGUAAAAGACAGCAUCACAAAAGGCUUCUCUUUUGAAAUAAGUCAAAGGUACUGUGUGAAUAUUUAUUUCAUCUUGAAAGAACAAAAAAGUGCAUAGAUGCAGUAUGAUUGGUGUUUUACCUGGAUGAUUUACAUUGUUUGAAUGUUUUUCUCUUGGAGUGUUUGGUUUGAUUUUAUUUAAUUUGUUUCUCAGUGUCUAUGUGGCUCUCAGGGAGCCAGAGUACUAGUCCCCCCCCCACCCUCCCGGUACUCUUCUGGGUUCCCCCACCUUCCUGGUACUCCUCUGGGUGGGGGCCUCGCUCUCUCCCCCCUCACCCCCAUAUUUGCUUCUCAUUAUUCAGAAGCCCAACUACAUCCCAGACACCUGGACAUCAGCCAUGAGACCGAACAGCAUGUACUCCGUCCACUAAACAAAUUUCUCAGACAAACUGUGUGUGUGUGUGAAGCUAACUGAACGUGUGUGUGUGUGUGUAUGAGUGUGGAAGUACCUCUGGGUGUCAUGUCUUGAUCAGGGUAACUCUGUGUAGAUUUGUACAUUUAUAUAACACUAUAUUAGGGACUCUUGUCUGUCCUGCUAUGUCUUGCCCUCCUCGACACACACUCACAUGGUUCUUUGGUGUAGUGUGUGUCUGAAGGAGGGUGUAUGUUGCUGACGGCUCUUGGUGUGGUGAUAAUCAUGCAAACAGCAACUGAAAAAUAAAAUGUGAAAUAUUAAAAAUAA